AUGGCUGACUUCUUGUUGCCACCGGGUACUAACAGCUUCCACCGGUUCACGCCUGAAUCCUUGGCUGCUAUUGAGAAACGAAUCGCGGAGAAGCUUGCAAGGAAUGCGAAGCAGGAAUACAGAGAGCAGCUGGGCGAAGAAGAGAAACCUCAGCCUCAGUUUGAUUUGCAAGCUUGCAAGAAGCUGCCCGAUAUCUAUGGGACUGUUCCUCCAGAGCUCAUUGGGGAGCCAUUGGAGGACCUUGACCCUUUCUACAACGAUCGUAAGACAUUUAUAGUACUGAACAAAGGGAAGACAAUCUUUCGAUUUAGUGCCACUCCUGCCUUGUAUAUACUUAGUCCUUUCCAUCCAAUCAGAAGAGCAGCAAUUAAAAUUUUGGUACAUUCAUUGUUCAGUAUGUUUAUUAUGUGCACUAUUUUAACUAAUUGUGUGUUCAUGGCACAAUCAGAGACUCCGUCAUGGAAUAAAUAUGUUGAGUACACUUUCACUGGCAUUUACACUUUUGAGUCAUUGAUAAAAAUAUUGGCAAGAGGAUUUUGCAUGACAGAAUUCACCUUCCUUCGAGAUCCAUGGAACUGGCUGGAUUUCAGUGUUAUUGUUAUGGCAUACAUAACUGAAUUUGUGGACCUGGGCAAUGUCUCAGCCUUACGAACGUUCAGAGUACUGCGGGCGCUGAAAACAAUCUCAGUCAUUUCAGGACUGAAGACCAUUGUAGGGGCACUUAUCCAGUCGGUUAAGAAACUUGCUGAUGUGAUGAUCCUGACCGUUUUCUGCUUGAGUGUCUUUGCCCUCAUAGGCCUCCAGCUCUUCAUGGGCAACUUGCGACACAAGUGUGUCAGGGACUACACCAAGUUUAACUCCACCAAUGGCACGUUGUAUUUGGAUGGUAGGAUGUGGAACACCUCAGAGGAAUUUCUUAGUGAUCCAGUAAACUAUUUCAUAAAAAAUGGUACAGAAGAUGUGUUACUGUGCGGCAAUAGCACUGAUGCUGGCACGUGCCCUGAGGGAUACAUAUGUCUGAAAGCCGGGGAAAAUCCUGACCAUGGUUACACAAGCUUUGAUACUUUUGGCUGGGCCUUUCUCUCUCUGUUCCGUCUUAUGACACAAGAUUAUUGGGAACGUCUCUAUCAACAGACUCUCAGAUCUGCUGGGAAGAUCUACAUGCUUUUUUUUAUGCUGGUCAUCUUUCUGGGAUCAUUUUACCUGGUCAACCUGAUUUUGGCUGUUGUGGCCAUGGCGUAUGAAGAGCAAAACCAAGCCACUAUUGCUGAAACAGAGGAGAAGGAAAGAAAGUUUCGGGAAGCCAUGGAGAUGCUAAAGAAAGAGCAGGAGGCACUAGCUGCUAAAGGAAUUGAUUCAAUGUCACUUAGUUCAUUGGAAAUGUCACCCUUAGCAUCCAAAAAUGCCAAGGAAAGAAGAAAUAAACGCAAGAAAAAGAAAUCUAUAGGGGGAGAAGAGUAUGGGGAAGACCAAAGGAAUCCCAAGUGUGACUACGACGAUGGUCAGAGGAGAAUGACUCUCCUUGGCAUUAGUUAUGGUCCCAGUGCAAACUUGGUGAAGCGCAGAACCAGCCACGGAAGCAUAUUCAGUUUCCGACUCCGUGGCAGAGACACUGGCUCCGAAACAGAUUUUGCCGAUGAUGAGAUCAGCACUGCUGGGGAAUAUGAAAGCCACCGGGGCUCUCUCUUAAUUCCAAGAUCUGGGAGGCGUCCAAGCGUGCAAAGUCAAGUGAGCCAUAGUUCUCACCCUCCUACUCCCAACUACACCCAGACGGGCAAAAGGAACAGCUCAGUGGAUUGCAAUGGUGUGGUUUCCCUGAUAGGAGGAGGCACCGGGGCACUCAACCCAGACCCUACUUCUCCUGCAGGGUUACUGCUCCCCCCAGUUAUUAUGGAAAAACCUGGGACAGGCGACCUGACCUCUCCCUCAGACGAGGCAAGCAAGAAGCAGCUCUUAAUGCCCCACCGCCCAUCGGUGGACCACUCGGACGAACCCUUUCAGAGGCAGAGGGCAGUAAGUGCUGUCAGCAUCAUCACCAGUGCCCUGGAAGAGCUUGAGGAAUCACACCAGAAAUGUCCUCCUUGCUGGAACCACUUUGCUGUUAAAUUUCUCAUUUGGGAUUGCUGCCCGCUUUGGCUUUUAAUCAAGAAAUUUGUCAAGUUCGUGGUAAUGGACCCAUUUACCGACCUCACCAUCACCCUUUGCAUUGUGCUGAACACGCUCUUCAUGGCCCUGGAGCAUUACAAGAUGACGAAGGAGUUUGACCACAUGCUUUACAUCGGUAAUUUGGUCUUCACUGGGAUUUUUACAGCAGAAAUGAUCUUCAAAGUAAUUGCCCUUGACCCCUACUACUAUUUUCAGCAGGGCUGGAAUAUUUUUGACAGCAUAAUUGUUAUACUAAGCCUGAUGGAACUGGGUUUGUCCAGCAUGGGAAACCUGUCUGUUUUACGCUCCUUUCGAUUGCUGCGAGUCUUCAAAUUGGCAAAGUCCUGGCCAACCUUAAAUACGCUCAUUAAAAUCAUUGGUAACUCAGUGGGUGCCCUUGGUAACCUCACUCUUGUGCUGGCAAUCAUCGUCUUUAUUUUUGCGGUGGUAGGAAUGCAGCUUUUUGGGAAAAGCUACCUGGACAACGUGAAGAAGAUAAGCACGACUGGCAAUUUGCCACGGUGGCACAUGAACGAUUUCUUCCACUCGUUCCUCAUCAUCUUCCGAAUUUUGUGUGGGGAGUGGAUUGAGACCAUGUGGGACUGCAUGGAAGUAGCUGGGCAGCCGCUGUGCCUUCUCGUCUUCUUGUUGGUCAUGGUGAUAGGAAACCUGGUGGUGCUCAACCUGUUCCUGGCCUUGCUGCUAAGCUCUUUCAGUGCUGACAACCUCUCAGCACCAGAUGAGGACGGGGAGAUGAACAACCUGCAGCUUGCUUUUGCUCGGAUCAACAGGGGUCUUCAGUACAUGAAACACACAACCUGGGAUUUUUGCUGUAAUGUCCUCCGGCACCCCAAGACGACAGCUGAAAAGAAGGCCAUGAUGAAGCUCGCUGCCCAGAAUACAGGUGCCCUUAAUAAUUGUGUGAACAGCCUCACAGCUGCUGAGCUUGGCAAAGACAUGGAGAAUCACAAAGAGAACCACGCUGAGGAUGGGAUGAAUAAAAAUGGGGAGAAACACCUAGGAAUUACAGACAAUGAUGAUUUUAUGACCAAUCCUGACCUGUCCAUUUGUGUUCCUAUUGCUGUGGGAGAGUCAGAUAUCGAGGAGGAAGAUGAGGAGCAGAGCACCUUUACUGAAAUGGAGCAGGAUCAGAAAGAAAAACUGAACAAUAGAAGUCAUCUUUCUGAAGGCAGCACAGUGGAUUUGACAAAUCCUGCAGAACUGCUGGAGCAGAUCCCUGAGUUUGCUGAGGAGCUGAUGGAGCCUGAAGAUUGCUUCCCUGAAGUUUGUGUGCGAUUCUUCCCAUGCUGUUCAGUGGACAUCACAAAAUUUCCCGGAAAAAUUUGGUGGAGGCUGCGGAAAACCUGCUACAGAAUUGUCGAACACAACUGGUUUGAAACUUUCAUCAUAUUCAUGAUCCUGCUGAGCAGUGGAGCCCUGGCUUUUGAAGAUAUUUACCUUGAAGAUCGAAAAAACAUAAAAACCAUGCUGGAAUAUGCUGACAAAAUAUUCACUUACAUCUUCGUCUUGGAAAUGCUCCUGAAAUGGGUGGCUUAUGGCUUCAAGAAGUAUUUCACCAAUGCCUGGUGCUGGCUGGAUUUCCUAAUUGUAGAUGUCUCUUUAAUAAGCCUCGUAGCCAGUACACUUGGAUACUCUGAGAUGGGGCCCAUUAAAUCCCUCAGGACCCUCCGAGCCCUGCGACCGUUAAGAGCAUUGUCACGAUUCGAAGGCAUGAGGGUGGUGGUCAAUGCACUUGUGGGAGCCAUCCCUUCCAUCAUGAAUGUUCUGCUUGUCUGCCUUAUCUUCUGGCUCAUCUUUAGCAUCAUGGGAGUGAACCUGUUUGCUGGGAAGUUUGGGAAGUGCAUUAAUAAGACAGAAGGAGAUAUGCCUUUAGACUCUAAAAUUAUUAACAACAUGAGUGACUGUAUACUCUAUAAUGUGUCGGGCACAUUUUACUGGACGAAAGUCAAAGUUAACUUCGAUAAUGUUGGUGCUGGGUACCUGGCUCUGCUACAAGUGGCCACAUUUAAAGGUUGGAUGGAUAUUAUGUAUGCUGCAGUGGAUUCGCGAGAGUGUGAGGAGCAGCCUGAAUGGGAAUGUAAUUUAUAUAUGUACCUGUACUUCGUGAUUUUCAUCAUCUUCGGGUCUUUCUUCACAUUGAACCUCUUCAUUGGUGUCAUCAUUGACAAUUUUAACCAACAAAAGAAAAAGAUAAGUGGCCAAGACAUCUUUAUGACAGAAGAACAGAAAAAGUAUUAUAAUGCAAUGAAAAAGCUGGGAUCUAAGAAACCUCAAAAGCCAAUCCCAAGGCCACUGAACAAAUACCAAGGUUUUAUUUUUGAUGUCGUCUCAAAACAAGCCUUUGAUGUCUCCAUCAUGAUCCUCAUCUGCCUUAACAUGGUUACCAUGAUGGUGGAAACAGAUGACCAAAGUCAAGAAAAAGUGAACAUCCUCCAUAAAAUCAACAUGCUUUUUGUUGCCAUCUUCACUGGGGAGUGCAUCAUCAAAAUGCUGGCUCUGCGACACUACUACUUCACCAAUGGAUGGAACAUAUUUGACUUUGUCGUCGUGAUUCUGUCUAUCGUAGGCACCGUACUUUCCGACAUCAUCCAGAAAUAUUUCUUCUCUCCUACACUCUUCAGAGUCAUUCGCUUGGCUCGGAUUGGCCGAAUCCUAAGACUCAUCCGGGGAGCCAAAGGAAUUCGAACUCUCCUGUUUGCCUUAAUGAUGUCCCUACCUGCUCUGUUCAACAUUGGCCUCUUGCUUUUUCUGGUUAUGUUCAUUUAUGCCAUUUUUGGCAUGGCUAACUUUGCCUAUGUUAAGAAGGAGUAUGGGAUUGAUGACAUGUUCAACUUCCAAACCUUUGCUAACAGCAUGCUCUGUCUCUUCCAAAUCACAACGUCAGCGGGCUGGGAUGGUCUUCUCAAUCCUAUUUUAAACACUGGACCACCGUAUUGUGACCCAAACCUUCCGAAUGCAAAUGGUUCAAAGGGAGACUGCGGAAGCCCUGCCGUAGGGAUUUUAUUCUUUGUUACUUAUAUCAUUAUAUCAUUUCUCAUUGUUGUAAACAUGUAUAUAGCCAUUAUUUUAGAGAACUUCAGUGUAGCCACUGAGGAAAGUACAGAGCCUCUAAGCGAGGAUGAUUUUGAUAUGUUCUAUGAAAUCUGGGAGAAGUUUGACCCUGAAGCCACUCAGUUUAUUGAGUAUUCUGCACUUUCAGACUUUGCAGAUGCACUGUCAGAACCUUUGCGCAUAGCGAAACCAAACAAAAUCAAACUCAUAGCAAUGGACCUGCCCAUGGUCAGUGGAGACAGGAUCCAUUGCUUGGAUAUUUUGUUUGCUUUUACAAAAAGGGUGCUAGGAGAAUCUGGAGAGAUGGAUGCCCUUAAAAUACAGAUGGAAGAAAAGUUCAUGGCGGCAAAUCCAUCUAAGAUCUCUUACGAACCGAUUACAACAACUCUCAGACGGAAACAAGAAGAGGUCUCUGCCAUUGUCAUCCAGCGGGCCUACAGGAGACAUUUGUUUCGGCGCUCCAUGAAGCAGGCAUCUUACUUGUACCGGCACAGAACUUUUGACGGCAGCAUCCUUGAGGACGAUGCACCUGAGAAGGAGGGUCUUAUUGCGUUCAUGAUGAACGAAAACUACGGCAGGCCAAUAGACAAAUCAGAAACUCUGUCCUCCACGUCUUUCCCUCCAUCCUAUGACAGCGUCACCAGAGGUACGAGUGAUAAUCUCCAGCUGAAGAUGACGGACUCGAGCAAAAGCGAUGAGGCUAUAGAUUGUCUUCUCUCGCCUGACAAGGAUAAAGAAUCAAUUGUUUAAAUGUUUGUUUAGAAUGCUUUAAAAUAUUGUUUACAGAAUGUAAUGCUGUAACUACACAAUGAUUGAAGCAGCCUUCUUAUUAAAAAUUAGUUGCAAAAGAAACAAUGGAGUUUUUACCCUUAACUACAGGAAUCUAAUAAGUCAUAUAACCUUUGACCCUGCUCUUUUUGACUUGGCUCAAUAUUUAUAUUUAUAUAUGCACAGGAAGAAUUUUUGCAGGGUCAUAGCUGUUAUAUCAAUGGUGUGAAUAAGAAUAUGCUAGACUGUAAAACAGUAAACACAGUGUAUAUCUAUCCACAGAUAAAGCCUGGCUGUAUACAUUCAUUUAAGGUCUUACUCAUAUUAGUGUGUUUACUUAUGGCGAUGUAUGAC